AUGUCAAAAAUAUCCAAACCUAAGUCAAAAAGUGGUUACCAUAAAAAAAAGUAAUUUAUAAGGCAUUUUUAUAUUAAAAAAUUACUGUAAUUUACCUUUUGUGGUAAUUUUAAUCCCUCAAAAAGUAGCUUAAGAAUGGAAGCUUAUACCCCGACCCCUUCCAAUAUCCACAAGGUCAGAAGUCUUCAGAACUUUUCCACCCCGACAGCUCAGAAGAAAAAUGUACAAAUAGGAGAUUUUAGAAACAAAACUUACUUGUCGUAUCAGCCGGAUUCGCUUAUCCACACUCCUGAGCUGGGCCAGAGUAUUUUUAAGCCUCGAAAGCUGCCGAAACUGUCAAUUAACAACCCAGUUUUUAAAAACCAGCCUGCAAACUCAGCCCCUGAAAAAGAAAAAACCUCCCAGAGCUCAAGCAGGCUGAAACCAUAUUUGAGGCAAAAAACAAACAUUUCAGUAAAUUCUGCUAUAAAAAACCAUGUAAUUUCAUGCACUUAUAAAUCAAGGACUGGAGAAUCUUUGGGGAAGCCAAAAGUCUUUAACCAAGACUCCUUUAUAGUUAAAUCAGGGCUAAAAGGGGUUAAAGGGCAGUAUCUGUUUGGGAUCUGUGACGGGCAUGGACCAGCUGGUCAUGAGGUGUCACGGUUUAUAAAGGAAAAAUUCCCAAUUAUUUUUGAUGGAAAAUUUACUGUCAAAAACCCUGAUCAUGGGCAGAUAAAAGAAAUACUGGGAAGCUCAAUAAGGGAGCUUGCUAAAAAUAUUGAUAAUAGUAAAAUUGAUGUGGAAAGCAGCGGAAGCACCUUGAACUCUGUUUUUAUUAGUGGGGAUAAAGUAGUCUGUGGGAAUAUAGGGGAUUCAAGAGCUGUGAUUGGGACUUUUAAAGAGAGAUGGCUGUGGAAAGAACUGUCUAGAGACCACAAACCUAGCGAAGAAGACGAAAAAGAAAGAAUCAUCAGUGCUAACGGUAGGGUUGAGCCAAGAAACAUUCAAGGUCACGACGUAGGGCCUGAAAGAGUGUGGCUUGAAAAUCUAGGAAUGCCAGGCCUUGCUGUAUCCAGAUCAAUCGGUGACCGAAUUGCCCACAGAAUUGGUGUCAGCUCAGUCCCAGAGUUCACAGACCACUGAAUUGUCCCAGAAGACAAGUUUAUCAUUAUCGCCAGUGACGGGAUUUGGGAGUUCAUUUCUAGUGAAGAAGCUGUAAAUAUAGUAGGGAACACUUGAUACGCCGGCAAAAGCGACAAAUGCUGCGAAGUCCUUGUAAAUGAAGCUGUAGAUCGAUGGAGCGAGCAUGGGAAUAAUGUAGACGAUAUCACCAUUCUUAUUAUUUUUCUUAAUCCCCCUCCGUAAGAGAACAAAACCAUUGGAAAAAUCCUAUUUUUGCCAAAAAACAUCCUACAUGAGCGAGUAAAAAAUUUUUUAUGAAAUAUAAGUGAUAAUUAUUGUAAUGAAAUUAAACACCUUGCAUUUUAAAACAUAAAUUUUACAUUAAAUUAAUAUCUGCUUUAAAAUUAUUCGAAUUGGGAUUUUUUAAAUUUUGAAAAAGAAAAUUUACUAUAAAUUUUUAAAAAAAUUAACCAUCUCUAUGAGCAACACAAAUUUUUUUGUUCGCUUGCGGAGGGGAGUUAGUUUCUCUAAUAAGAGGUGAGGGGACCAUAAUUAA